GUCAACGCCGACAGCAACAGCACCAACCACACCAGCAGCAGCCGCAGCAGCAAUUUUGGUCGUGAUGAAAGCGGUGCGGCGCUUCGAGGCCUACGAACGAAUGCCGUGGGCUUUUGGAGCGGUAUCGAUCGUGAUGACAACGACAGCAGUAUUGAGGCAAGACGAGACAGGGAAUCAGCAAGAGGAGUCUGGGACAGCAGCAGGGAAAAACAACCUCGACGCCCAUCGCGGACGAGAAGAAACAGCAGCGGAGGACAGGCAGCGCGGGGGGUGGUGGUACGGGGGCCGGAGGGACGGGGGCCGGGAGAUCCGGGGGCCACAACCAGGAGAAGCCCUCGACGCGUGCGCGCUCGGGGCAGAUUUGGCCAGCAUUCCAGGGGGGGACACGGCUUACGUCGGGGAGCGGGGAGCAACACUCAGCGGCGGCCAGCGCCUUCGGGUCUCCCUGGCAAGGCAAGCACGCAAGGGCGGGGUGUUCUCUGUUUUUCUCGGACUCGCGGGCUUUCGAAGUCGAGCAACCUACUGCGAACCGCCAACUAGCCACACCUUGAGUCACGAAAGUAAUAUCUGUGAAGGUGCAAUGGUACUUAACGUGAAGUGGACUCAAGGGCUGUGUGCACAGUACACGUAUGUGCGUGCGAAAGCGAGGGACUGGCAGAACAAAGUAUACGACCUAUUUCCCCGUUGUUUCUUGCGAUGCACGCCGAUGGUCAGAUGCGCUUACUUCGUGUCGGCAGCUGCCGUUGCUGAUGUCGCCGCCAAGUCAGCGGCACUCGGGAACAACCUCCCCGGCGACGACGACACCAAGAGCGGCACCGCUUUGGCGGAUGACAACGAUGGCGGCGACGGCGGCGAUGUCCACCACUCCGCGGGCACUCUGUGCCUCCUAGACAACCCCCUUACCUCUCUCGAUGCCGAGACCCGGGAGCACGUCCUUCAGCACUGCAUACACGGAGUCAUGAGGCGCGGAAACCCCGGGGUGGCCGUUGUUGUUACAUGCGGCGAGAUCGACCCAGCAGAAAAAGAACAACCGACGGCCACGAAGGAGCGGGGCGCGACGGUACCGCCUCUUCCGCUGUCUCCGUCUAUCAAGCGGUCCUUCGACCGCGUCGUCCGGUUGGGGGGGAUCGGGGGCGAAGGCACGAGACUCGAGACGGCGGCGGACGCUGGAGAAGGAAAACUACCCUUGCCAGGAGCCGACGCCAGCGCAGAAAGAAGAAGAGCACCACCACCAGCAGCAGCAACAAGCCCAUCGGUGCUGAUAUCGGCGCCAAAACCAACGUCGGAAGCGGCCUCCUCACGACCAGCAGCACCGGCGGCCGCCCCCCAAGCAGCCGAGAAGGUGACUUCGAACCUUGUGAAGCACGCCUCCGGCGGCGGCGGCGGCGGCGGCGGCUGCUGCCCUGAAAUACAAGGCGCCGGGCGGAGCAGUGAGGGCGAUGGCUUAGCAGACAGCAGUGGAGACGUGUUGCUGCCGUGCGGUGGUAGUGAAGCUUUGGAAGCCGGGGAUGGAAACGGGGGUAGUGGACCCGUUGAAGAAGAAGACAGAAAGGACGGCUCCGUGGAGUUCAGAGUGUACUUGCUGUACGUGAGGUCGGCAGGACUGGGGGUCGCUGCCGUCACCCUGCUUUCUCUUGCCCUCAUGCAAGCGACGGCGGCGGGGUUUAGCUACUGGCUCUCGCAUUGGGCCACCCAACAGGGACGAGUAUCUGUGAGGUCGUUCCUCGCGACGAGCUUCUCGAUCGCCGCUGCCAACGCGGCCUUCACGCUCGUCAGGGCUUUCGGCUUCGCGUUCGGCGGAGUCCGAGCGGCGGUUGCCCUUCACCGGCGGCUGCUAUCCCACGUCCUCGGCAAGCCCUCGGCGUUUUUCGACGUCACCCCUUCGGGCCGAGUCGUCAACCGCUUCAGCCGGGACGCGUUCAGCGUCGACGACCCCCUGCCAUUUCACCUCAACGUCCUCCUAGCGCAGGCGGCCGGACUGUCGGUGACGGCCGUGGUGCUGAGCUCCGCCAGCCCCGUCCUCGCGGCGCUGUUCCUUCCCCUCGGCUGGGUCUACGCCAAGCUGCAGAGAUACUACCGCAGCAGCAGUCGCGAGCUCCGGCGCUUGGACUCCACUUCCAGAUCACCCAUCUAUGCCUUGUUCUCGGAAACGCUGGAUGGGGCGGUCACCAUCCGGGCCUUCGGCCAACAGGAGGCGUUCUUUGAGAGGUUCGUCGAUCUGUUGGCGGAAAAUCAGCGGGCGACGUUCGCGGGGUCCAUGGCGUCCGCCUGGCUGUCGCUCAGGCUGCAGGGUUUGGGGGUCGUCGUGGUGGCCGCAGUGGCGUUUUUGGCCGUGGCACAGCAACAGCUUCGGGGCGGUGGGGGACGAGAUGAAGCGCUGGGUGAAAGCCUUGCCGCUAUCACCAACAACCCCAACAGCUACUACGGCCUUGUCGGCCUGAGUCUGACGUACGCUCUGCCGAUCGUAGGUGCAAUCUGACGGGACUGCUAGGCGCCCUAACCGAGACGGAGAGGGAGAUGAUCUCCGUCGAGCGGAUGGACGAGUACUGCCGCGACAACGGUUUCGACAACACUCAUUCCAGCAGCAGAAGUAGCAGCAGCAGCA